ACCUCUCCCCCACCCCACCCCGCCCAUGGAGGUCGGCGGCGAGGAGUUCGCGGUCGGCGUGGUGAUCUCCGCGAAGACCACGCUCGGGGAGGAGUUCGAGGGCCAGAUCGUCUCCUUCGACCGCCCGAGCAACCUGCUCGUCAUCCAGGAGGGCGUGGGCAGGGCGGAGAGGGGCGAGCGGCGGAACGUCAGGGUCAUCAAGGCCAACUACAUCCAGGACUUCACCGUCGUCGGCAAGUACGACGACCCGCUCGACCCGGCCGCCUGCGUGCUCGACCUUGCCGCCAUCCACGCCAGGGAGGAGGCCGCACUCAGGCAAGCUGAGAUUGAAGCUGAGAGAAUUGGUGUUGGUGUUACCCCAGAAGCCCAAAGAUUAUUUGAUGCAUUAUCCAAGACGCUUCCAGUUCAGUGGGACAAGACCGACAUUGUUGUAAUGAAGGAAGUUCGUGUAUGCAGUCCAUACCUACCUGAAAAUGUCAGCGGUGGAACAUCAGCUGCUAAUGAACGGGUUAAGAAAGUGCUGGACUUUGAAAGGAAAAGACUACAUGUGCGUGUACCUGGCCAAUUCUAACUUCUUCGACCUGACAAUUUUUCAGCUCAAUUCCUGCUGUACUCUAUUUCUAAAUCUGGCCUUGUUUGUUGUCUCGUCACUUGAGUUUUCUAAAUCUGUUUCGGCAUGUUCUUGUACUCACAAAAUUACCGCACCGACUAGCUAGUUUGUACACUGUGAUAGAUGUCAUAUGAGCAUUUGGAUAAUUACAGCACACUGUGUUGUCAAUUCUAUUGCUGAUAGUAAAGGGUGUGUGGCUGAGACAAGCCAAGGAAAGAACAUCGAUUGGUGGCACUGAAAGAAUGAGUAGCUAAGCAGAGUUGCUGAGUCAAGGCAAAACUGAAAUCACUCUGAGAGACUUUGUAUUACUGUGCUGAUGGAAUAAAACAUCCAGCUUGUUCUGUUGUA